AACUGGCUUAACUUUCUUUCUGCAUUGGAUCUUGUUUCUAUGCAUCACCAAACUCAGUUUACAGAACCAACAAACACAAAACUUCAACAACAACAAAACGAUCUUCUUCAUCCCCUCACUCACUCGUGCACGCACUCGUUCAUUUUUCGUGCGCGAGUGACGACGAUGAUGAUAAACUAGAGUAGAAUUGUUAUUGUGAAUUCAAUUUGUGAUUGAUUGAUCUAACGAUUAGAAUGGGAGGUGCAGGGAGUGGUGAGAUAUGGAAAGCACAUACCGCCAUGGCGAUUGUGCAGUUGUUCACCGGAGGCUAUCAUGUUAUCACCAAAUUGGCUCUUAAUGUUGGAGUCAACCAGAUUGUUUUUUGUGUUUUUCGUGAUCUCCUUGCUCUCUCUAUUCUCGCGCCUAUUGCUUAUUUCCGUGAAAGACGUACACGGCCACCCCUAACAAAGCGCUUUGUGACAUCAUUCUUCUUUCUUGGAUUAACUGGGAUAUUUGGAAAUCAUCUUUUGUUUCUUAUUGGUUUAAGCUAUACUACUCCAACUUAUGCUGCUGCAAUUCAGCCAGCUACUCCAGUCUUUACAUUUGUGUUGGCUAUAAUGAUGGGUACAGAAAGAGUAAACUUGCUAAGGUAUGAAGGUCUGGCCAAGGUUGGAGGAAUUUUUAUCUGCGUUUUGGGGGCCUUAGUGAUGGUUCUGUACCGUGGUCCAGCACUGGUAGGAUCUUCAGAACUGGACCUUAUAUCACAUAGUGAAAUAAGUGCCAAAGGUCAACCAGAGCCUUCUGGAUGGUUAGUUAGUGGUUUAAUGGAUCUUGGAUUUGACCAUUUUCAUCUUGGAGUUAUGUGCUUCAUAGGGAACUGCAUGUGCAUGGCUACUUUUCUAUCCAUUCAGGCUCCAUUAUUAAAAAAGUAUCCUGCAAACCUAUCUGUCACAGCAUAUUCAUACUUCUUUGGAGCUUUACUGAUGGUAACUACAUCAUACUUCGUAACCGAUGAGUCAACUGACUGGAGUUUGAAUCAGUCUGAAACAUUUGCCGUUUUAUAUGCUGGAAUUAUUGCAUCUGCACUUAAUUAUGGAAUCAUUACAUGGAGCAACAAAAUCUUGGGCCCAGCCAUGGUUGCCCUUUAUAAUCCACUUCAACCUGGGGCAGCUGCUCUCUUAUCUAGAAUUUUUAUUGGAAGUCCAAUUUACAUGGGAAGCGUGUUAGGUGGAUCGCUAAUCAUUACUGGUCUGUAUGCGGUUACUUGGGCAUCAUAUAGAGAAAGACAGGCAGCUGCUGGAGUUAUUCCUCAUCAUGCUUCUAAUUGGGUUUCUGAAUCACUUAACAAGACCAAGACUCCGUUUCAUAGAGUUAACAUUUUCUCAGGCGCCUCUGGUUUAUUAUCCCCAAAGCCUUCGGAUUGACGAAAUUAAUUGUAUGUAAAAAGUUGUCACAAUUCUUUUUUCCCCUCUCUUUAUGCUAUCCUAUAUACAUGUAGCUGAUUAGAAGAACUAAAAUUAAGAGAAGUGCCACUCUAAUUUUGUAGGACAUAUUUGCAAAUUCGACUAGGUUAUUUGAUACCUGUAAAAAAUACUUCAAAAGAAUUUUGUUUUGAAACUAUGCUAGAAUCACGGUCAGAUGUUAAAUCAUCAAAAGAAUGGUGUGCCAGUGGCUUAUAUUUUUAUCUGUUUUGGAUCACCUCAAAUUAUAUAACAGUGCAUAUUCGGACA